GGUGCGUGUGUGAAUAUGUGUGUGUGUUAAUGCGUAUCCUUAUUGCAUAUAGCUAAGCCACGGACGUGGGAGGGAAAGGAACGCACUCGUUGAUGGUGAGAAUGGAGCAGAGGAAUCUGGCUAUCCUAUCUGAUCAAUGAGCAUUUGUUUCCCACAUUCAACGGUUUCGAGCCGAUGUCACGACGACGAAAGCACCUGCCUAGCGCUCGGCUCGCAUUUCAACAGCUUCUUUUCCCUUCCUUAUCCCAUAACGGAAGGCACGCGGGACAGCUCACCUCCCCCGUUACACGGGCACCGUAAAAGCAGGCGAUGUGAAGUUGGUUCCCAUUAAACUGAUGCUGUGAAGUGGCUUGCCAUAGCCGUGACUUCAUCAGGUCUCAGUGAGGAUGCUGUGGGUUACCUUGCUGAGCACCAUUGCCUUAGGUUGGACCACCCCGAUCCCACUGCUGGAGGACUCGGAGGAGAUCGACGAGCCCUGCUUCGAGCCCUGCUACUGCGAAGUCAAAGAGGGCGUAUUUCACGUCCACUGCGACAGCAAAGGAUUUACAAAUGUCAGUCAGAUCUCCCAGAUAUGGACACGGCCCUUCAAACUCAACGUGCAGAGGAACUCCAUGAGGAAGCUGUACUUCAACAGUUUUCUUCACCUCAACAAUGCUCUGUCCAUUAAUCUGGGGAAUAAUGCGUUGCAGGACAUCCACGCCGGAGCAUUUAACGGAUUGGGAAUUCUGAAACAGCUGUUCCUCUAUGAGAACAAACUAGAGGUUUUCCGGAAUGACACCUUCCUGGGUCUUGAAAGCUUGGAAUACCUGCAAGCAGACUAUAACGUCAUCAAAAGGAUAGAGAGCGGAGCCUUCAGGCACCUCCACAAACUCAGAGUACUCAUCCUAAAUGACAAUCUGAUACCAGUCCUGCCCAGCUACCUAUUCAGGUCGGUGUCACUAACACACCUGGACCUGAGGGGAAACCGGUUAAAGACUUUACCAUAUAAGGGCACAUUGGAAUAUGUGGGGCGGAGCCUGAUGGAGAUUCAGCUAGAGGAGAAUCCAUGGAUCUGUGAGUGUGAUAUAGUUCAGCUAAAAACGUGGUUGGAACGGGUUCCCUACACAGCACUGGUCGGAGAGAUCACCUGCGAGUACCCCUUCCACUUGCACGGGAAAGACUUACGUGAGAUCAAACGCAGUGAGCUCUGUCCAUUACUUUCAGACGCGGAAAUCGAGGCCAAACUGGGAAUCCCCCGGUCUCCGUUCAACAACGAGAACACGUGGCCAACGAAACCGUCCUCCAUGCUGUCUUCGUUCCACAACACAGCAUCGUCUGUGGAGUACAAAGAGAGACAUGUCAAACCCACCAAACGGCCCAGGCCCACCAAAAACCCUCCCACACCUCGUAGUCUCUACCCCGGCCUGAACCAGCCCCCAAUAGCUGGCUACCAGACCCGCCCCCCCAUCCCCAUCGUCUGCCCUUCUGGAUGUACCUGCAACCUCCAUAUCAACGACCUGGGGCUAACGGUCAACUGUAAAGAGAAGGGCUUUCAUAAUAUCUCAGAGCUCCUGCCCAGGCCUCUCAACGCCAAGAAACUUUAUCUGAGUGGAAAUCUGAUACAGAAAAUCUACCGGUCUGAUUUCUGGAACUUUUCCAGCUUGGAUUUACUACACUUGGGGAAUAACCGGAUAUCGUACGUCCAGGAAGGGGCGUUUAUCAACCUUCCCAACCUGAAGAGUUUGUAUCUGAAUGGGAAUGACAUUGAGAGGCUAACUCCAGGUAUGUUCCGGGGCUUACAGACGUUGAGUUAUCUUUAUUUUGAGUAUAACGUUAUUCGUGAGAUCCAGCCGGCGUCAUUCUCUCUCAUGCCCAGCCUUCAGCUUGUUUUCCUCAAUGACAACCUCCUCCGUACUCUCCCGACCGACGCCUUCGCAGGCACCAGCCUGGCGCGACUCAACCUCCGCAAUAACUACUUCCUGUCCCUGCCUGUGCGUGGCGUUCUAGAACACCUGCAUUCCAUCGUCCAGGUGGACCUUCAUCAGAACCCCUGGGAUUGCUCCUGUGACAUCAUCCCCCUCAAAACCUGGAUGGAGAAGCUGUCCUCUGUCAUCAUGGUUAGGGAUGUCAUCUGUAAGACUCCUGAUUUUGCCUUUGGGAAGGAUCUGAGGUCGCUGGAUGCUGAAGUCAUCUGUCCAGAGCUGAAGUACUCAUCCGGACCUUCCCCAGCUCUCCUCCCUUCUGAUGAUAUGAUCACUGGUAGCUCUGGUCUGGAGGAGGCUGUGGGGAGGGGGCCGGUGCCUCUAUCAGUCCUCAUCCUCAGUCUUCUCGUUCUGUUCAUCUCAGCGGUUUUCGUGGCGGCGGGCCUCUUCGCCUUCGUCCUGCGGAGACGGAAGAAGCUGCCCUUCCGGAAACGCUCUGAGGUGGAUCUGACGGGAAUCCAGAUGCAGUGCAGGAUAUUCGAGGAUCCGCCGAGACAGACCAGCAGUGGAAGCAUAGGCUCACCUGAAAAGCCAACCAGCGGACACACACAUACUCACACACAUGGUCACGUUGGCCACACACACACUCACGGUCACGUCUAUGAUUACAUUCCUCACCCUGUGACGCAGAUGUGCAACAACCCCAUUUACAAGCCCCGGGAGGGAGAGGUAGGGGAGGGUGAGGGGGGGCAGUUUGCAGAAACAAAAGAGAACAACAGUAAUUACCGAACCCUCUUAGAGAAGGAGAGGGAAUGGACCCUAGCCAUGUCUAACACACAGCUCAACACUAUUGUCACGGUAAACCACAAUACAGGGGAUAUAUCGAGUUUUCACGAGAACAGUGGGCUGUGUCCCACCGUGAUUGACAGCCAGAGACCCACGCCAACUGUCGGCUUCGUAGACUGUCUGUAUGGAACGGUGCCGAAGCUAAAGGACAUGCACGUUGCACAUGCACACCCGCCUGGUAUGCAAUACCCGGACUUACAACAGGACGCACGUCUCAAGGAUACGUUGCUGUUCACAGCAGGGAAAGGCUGCUACCCUGACCCCUCCCAAAGCGAUUACCUCGAGUUAAGGGCCAAACUCCAAACCAAGCCGGAUUACCUCGAAGUACUGGAGAAAUCAUAUCGGUUCUAACGCACGGAGAAUAGCAUAAGCUACAUACAAACACACACUCUCCCUUUUCCAUACCCCAAACGGAACAAAAUCACGGAAGAAAAACUAAACAAAAAAGCAGCAUGAUAUUAAAAUAAAAUAUUAUAUUACAAAAAGUUUUCCCCCAAAAUCGCUUUGGAGGAAAGGCCAUUCUCAGAUAUUCAAUGAAGUGCCUUUUUUCAGAGUAGCCAGCAAUGUUAUCAUCCCUUAUUUUUAUAUGGAACGGAUUGGUCUAUAUGCUGAGGAGAGUGAGAGAACAAGAAAGGGGAGAGAGACACCGGGAAAAACACAACAUCCGAAAAUAUAUCCCAUCAAACUGAACCCUUCGUGAGCUCUCAAACGGUGGAGUGGAGUAACCCUAUGCGGGAGCUGGAUGUCUCCACUGGGCUCGUGUUUCUGUCUCGCUAUCGUUCAGGUGGAUAUAUAAACGCCCGGGUGCCGUGCACAUGAAGUUUGUAGGAAAUAAAUAAAACAUUAAGAAAAUAAAUUGCAGUUUGCUGCAUGCACUCGAUCCAUUGCAGUGGUGAGGGAUUUACUCAGAACUAUCACUCACCUAUUAAUAGAGAUACUGUAACACAUUACGGUUCAGUGUUCUAUUUAAUUUUAUAUAUUAUUAUCAUUAUUAUUAUUAAAGAGGACUACUAUAUAUAUGGGUGCAAUUCUCAAGGACGUGCUCGCCCAAGGAUGAAAAUAACAUUUGUGAAUAUAUUAUAUGAUGACGCUCAAGGUUUUCUGGAAUUCCACGCACUUUCUUAAGAACCAUGCAUCGGAUUAUCUAUCUCAUCGACACUAACGGCUUUGUAGGGGGCACUUUUAAUGUUUUCUCUCUCACAAAGAUUUGAAGAAAAUAUGUGCAUAUAUUUAUUCUGUAAUUUCAGUGAACAUUUUAUUGUAAAGGUAAUGUUAAAUCAAUGUAUAGUGAAUAUGCGUCUGGUAUAGCCUUCUUAAUUAAAACUCUUAUAUGAAAUGAAAAGGGUGCUACCACGGAACGUUUGUGAAGAACGUAGAGGUAACAUGUUUGGUAUGGUUCUAUACUGUGCUGUCUGUGCAUAGCAGAAAAAUACACUGACAUCUCUAGUGGCUUGAUUACAUUUUUAGUUGUGCUGCUGUGGCCAAGAAUAUGGGCAUUUGCUGCUACUGUGCAAUGGUAGCUUACUUGGGGUAGGCUGAGUCGGGAAGGCGUGCAACUUCGAUAGUAGCUGGCGAUGCCAAAACAAAAAGAGAAAGAGAGGGACACGUCUUUGAGAGAUGCAGAAUUGAAAAUGUGCCAAUGAAUGAAUCAAGUUUUGUCCGAUGGGUAAUAUAAACGCACCAUUGUGUUCUCAUUUCAUUGUGACUGUUUUCACAUGAAAAUUCAACGAAUUAUCUCAAAAAAAGACCGCGAGUCUAAAGGACGCACUUGAAGCUCAUUCGCUGCAGAUUGACAUUAAUGUUGUCCACACGAGGGAGACAGAGAGCCGCUCAGAUUACCAGGUUAACAAUACUGCUGGUCUGUGACACUAUCGCCAGACUGUUCUCUAAUCAUUAGACGGCAAUACGUUGAAUCCAUGACCAAAUGAAAUACUAGGCCUGUACAUUAGUCUGCUAUAUUAUUUCAAAUUUAAAUACAGUAAUCAGCAAGAGAACAUUACGUUUGCUUUGUACUAUUAAUGAGAUCACUAGGAUUGGAGAUAUCCUGUGCAGAUAACAUAAUGCUUCUUGUUAUAUAAAGGUUUUUCUAUAUCAUCAUGUAUUUGUGAAUGUCCUUAAAGAGGGAGAGCACACGUGACAGGGAAAUGGGUUUCAAGCAAUGUCAUUCAACUCAAACCAAUCGAUAAUUUGACAUUACAACUCAUUUAAAGGCCCAGUGCAGUCAAAAACGUGAUUACCCUGUGUUUUAUAUAUACAGUAUUUCCACUCUAUGAGGUUGGAAUAAUAUUGUGAAAUUAUGGAAAUUAUGAUAAUGCCCUUUUAGUGUAAAAACUGUUAAAAAAAUGUCUGCCUGAAAUUUUAGCUGGCUGUGGUGGGAUGGAGUAUUGGCCAGACUGGUGACGUUAGUUAAUAGACCAAUAAGAAAGAGGGUUCCAAAACUCUCUGCCAAUAACAGCUAGUCAGUUUUCCCCUCCUGACUCAGACCAUUCCCAGACAGUCCUAGCAAAAUUAUUAUUGUUCUUUGCUUAGAAGCUAUUUUUGUUUCUUAUCGACAAUUUUAAUUGAAAAUGUAAUUGUUCCCUAGAAAUGGUUUGAUAUUGAUAUAAAUAUGGACCUUUAAGAUGUUACUUGUUGGUUGGGGUGGAGUCAGAAAAUGAGUUAAUUGAAUCAGACAAGGACGUGUUUCAUUUUGCAGGAAAGUAGAGUGAUUUUGAAGAGAUAUUAAUGUUGAAAGGAAUGUCGUUUUCAUCGUUAAUCCACAUGCCUUCUUGAGUUUAUUAACUAGUCAUCAGAAGUACAAGACUAACCAUUUCUGUAAACUAUAUGUUUAUAUCAUAGUCAUUGUCUCCCCCCAUUUGACAAUCACUCACUCACUCACUCACUCACUCACUCACUCACUCACUCACUCACUCACUCACUCACUCACUCACUCACUCACUCACUCACUCACUCACUCACUCACUCACUCACUCACUCACUCACUCACUCACUCACUCACUCUCACACACACACACACACACACCAAAUAAGUAUACAUAUUGAGGAGCAGGCCUUCAUUAUUAGCACUGUAGCAUCACUUUAGGCCAAGGUCUAGAAUAUUUACCCCCCCCCCUCCCCUAUACACACUGUAGCCCCCAACCUAACCCCCUUCCUCCUCUCUGACCAGCCUAGCCCCCAACCUAACCCCCUUCCUCCUCUCUGACCAGCCUAGCCCCCAACCUAACCCCCUUCCUUCUCUGACCACCCUAGGCCCCAACCUAACCCCAUUCCUCCUCUCUGACCAACCUAGCCCACCCUAACCCCCUUCCUCCUCUCUGACCACCCUAGCCCACCAUAACCCCCUUCCUCCUAUCUGACCACCAUAGCCCCCAACCUAACUCCCUUCCCCCUUUCUGACCACCCAGCCCCCAACAUAACCCCCUUCCUCCUCUCUGACCACCCUAGCCCACCCUAACCCCCUUCCUCCUAUCUGACCACCCUAGCCCCCAACCUAACCCCGUUCCUCCUCUCUGACCACCCCAGCCCCCAACCUAAACCCAUUUACUCCUCUCUGACCACCCCAGCCCCCAACCUAACCCCUUUACUCCUCUCUGACCACCCCAGCCCCCAACCUAACCCAUUUACUCCUCUCUGACCACCCUCAGCCCCCAACCUAACCCCUUUACUCCUCUCUGACCACCCUAGCCCCCAACCUAACCCCUUUACUCCUCUCUGACCACCCUAGCCCCCAACCUAACCCCUUUACUCCUCUCUGACCACCCUAGCCCCCAACCUAACCCCUUUACUCCUCUCUGACCACCCCAGCCCCCAACCUAACCCCUUUACUCCUCUCUGACCACCCUAGCCCCCAACCUAACCCCUUUACUCCUCUCUGACCACCCUAGCCCCCAACCUAACCCCUUUACUACUCUCUGACCACCCUAGCCCCCAACCUAACCCCUUUACUUAUCCCCGACCAGAGGGAUAUGGGUUACUGAUUGAGGUCAGCAGUUUUCUGCAUGCACUUUGUUUGAUUAAAGCAAACCUGAAUUAUUCUAUUUUAAAUGAGAAACAAAAUUCCAUAAUGAUCCACCUUUAUAUUUCUGUGAUUCAGUAAGGUGACACGGCCCCCUAUUUUGAUUCAUGUUUUAUGGGGCUUAAUUUAUUCUCUGUUUGGUUCUGAUCACAAAUGCGCUUGUUGAUUAAGUUGUAAUAAAUCCUGUUGUUAUCCUA